GACUUGUUCGUAUUGAUCAGACUACUGCUGCCAAGCCAAUCACUCCGAGCUGCCAGACUCCGUGUUCCUGUCUCCUUUUAUCGUUGGGCACCCCAGGCGCACUUCUUGAUUAUCAAUUUACCACCGAAUGUUGACUUGUAGAUGGAAGUGACAGUGUGACACUAGUUCCUGCCCUUCGUUUAUAUAUUUGCAGUGCUUUCCGUUUUUGCACCCUUUGUUGGAGGCAGCGUCGCUCGUCAACACCCCAAGGAGUCAAGAGAUACCUGGAGAAAAGGAUGGCGCCAAGCCUCGUGCCUGUCGAUGCUACCAACCAAUUCCAGGAUCUUUCUGGUGUCCAAAUCAAGCCUGGCGAGAACCCAUACAAUGCUCUCAUCGAUGCCUGUCAUGACCAUCCAGCUGAGAUUCAGGCUCGGUAUGCCACUCAUCGUGUAACGAGAAACGCUCAGCAGCGGGACAAGUUCUUGUCUCCCGAAUUCAAAGAACUGACCAUCGACCCCUAUCUUUUGCGGUUGGAGAAGCCCGAGAUUGAACCUGGCUUCAAGGAUCCCCGACACUGUUUGGUAGUCUGGGCAAGACCGCCAGACCACAUUCUCAAGCUGGCCUCAUAUCUGCAGAAUGCCCUGAAGAAAGCAGCACCAAACCUCUGGCUCAUGCCGGCACACCGCAUGCAUCUCACCACCCUGGAGGUGGCGCAUUCGCAGACGCCCGAAGUAAUUGAAGGCCUGGUCUCAACCCUGCGCCCGGCGAUUCCCGACUUGACGGGGCUCUCGUAUACACGCCGUGCUCGGCUGGUCAAACCGUUGCUGUCGUACGACCUCUCCGCCAUUGCCGUGUCCUUCCUGCCAGCCGCAGGAGAAAAAGUGGUUUCACCACCUCCGGCACCGCCGCACCCAGCAGAUAUACCUCAUCCCGGGAUUCCGGACGGGGCCACGGGCGAGACGGACCGCUACACGUACCAUCAUCUCCGACGAGACGUCUUCGAAAAGGCUCGGGCAAGUGGCGUCGACAUUGCCUCGCGCUAUGUUGUCCCCAGCGCACACAUCACGCUCGGGCGCUACCUCACCCAAGAGGACCACAACACGCCCGAGCUGCGAGAGCGCUGGAUCCGGACCAUCGAGGACAUCAACAACUGGCUCGAGAAAGAGGUUUGGCCUGCCAAAGACGGCGAAUUCAUUGGCGAGUGGAUUGUGGGACAAGAGAGAGGUCUCGAUGCCCGCUGCGGUGCUCUCUGGUACGGCGGGGGGCGGACCAUCAUGACGGGAGAAGGGUUCUGAGUUGUCUCACAGCUGUGCCACUGACGCCUCUUUUGGUUAGCAUGGCGCACUUCCCCGCAAGAUGGUAGCAAGCAUUUCAGCAUGAAUAGAUCAAAUAGAGUUAGGAUCGCGUUUCCAUAUGAUAUAUAGAUCAAAUUUAAAGG